GGUCUAUAAGCCCGUGAACUGAUACAAUCGGAAGUUCCGUGAACUCAAACACACACAAAUUGCAUACGUCAUACAAUUUACUUUCGUUUUUACUAAAGGCCUAGUAUUAACUCGUACCCGAGAUGCAUAUUAAAAAUCUUUUGUAAGUGGAGGUACAGAAUCAACACUAAUAAGGAUUUGAUUGAGUUCACAGGGUUCUAAUUAGGAUGUGAUUGAGUUCAUGGGCUUCUAAUUAGGGUAUGGUCCACUUCACGGGCCUGUCUCUAACACUAAAUAGGAUGUGAUUGAGUUCACGGGCCUGACUCUAACACUAAUUAGGAUAUGAUCCAGUUCACGGGCCUGAUUCUAACAUUAAUUAGGAUGUGAUUGAGUUCACGGGCCUGAUUCUAACACUAAUCAGGAUAUGAUGCAGUUUACGGGCCUGAUUCUAACACUAAUUAAAAUGUGAUCCAGUUCACGGGCCUGAGUCUAACACUAAUUAGCAUGUGAUUGAGUCCUAUCAGUUCACGGGCUUAUAGACCCUUCAGAACCGAAAGUGAAACUUAACCCAAUGUUAUGAAACCAAAAGUUGAAUACUUGGAAUUAGUAUUAGACUGCUGGCCUAAGUGGAUACAAGCAAGAAGUAUUACAGUGAGUAGUUAAUCGUCAAUGUUUACAGAAGAAACUAUUGGCAUUCCUCUGACGACGGCGCGCCCUGGAAGUUCCUAAAGACGCUAGAAACAUCACAGGAUGUCAGGAAAUCUAUUCAAGUUUCAUGUAGCGGCUAUCAUCAUUUUACUGAUUUUUAUAACCAUGCAUCUAGUGAAGGGAAGAAGACUUAACAAACGGUUCACAAAGGAUGAAAUUUGCAAAGAAACUACAAAGACAAUUAAGAAAGUUGAAAAUUGUCCAGUAGAUGAGAUGGAUUUCCAAUACAGAUCGCAAAUUAUGAAAUGUGGAAAUGUUUCGCAUGUCUCAUGUCCCGAGGAAGUAUUUGUGUAUCACUGUGUGCGCUAUAAAGACGACCUAAUAGAAGUAUGCGCUCCAAGCGGACUCAUAACUGGUAGCUGUUGUGCCCAAUUCAACGAAGGAGUGGGACGGGUAAUAGAGGACUACAACGUGCCAUGUGCAGAAUGUCCACUGAAUUAUUAUUCACAUAAUUCGAGAAAAUAUUCGAUAUGUGUGAAGCCAAUCAAGACGACAUCCAAGUCAACAAGACAGCCAUUGCAAGAUGAUGAGACUCUCACUGAAAAAGUAACUGAACAGACGACACCUGCAUAUAACUGCAGCAAGUUAAAGCGUUCAAAACGUCACACAGACCGACAAUGCGAUAACAAGCAAAAUGAGACAAUCAACAAUAAUCCAUCAAAUUCUACAAUUGAAGAUGAUAAAUAUGAAAGCAGGGAUAAUUCUUCUAAAACCAAUGUCAGACAGAACUUGUCACCGAUGGUAAUACCCAUCUCUAUUGUAGCAGUGACACUCUUCAUUGUCAUAUCCAGUGUUAUUUUGAAGUGGAAUUAUUUUCGAAAUCGUAUUUGUAGAGUUUGUUCUACGUCACAGGAAAAUGUACAUCAUGGGAAGCAGUACAAGACAAAUACUGAUAUUCUUAUUGGAGAUGUACAUACUUGUCUACCUGUGGACAACGAAAAUGAAAACCCUGUCUUACAGACUCUAACGAUGGACCCUCUCUUGAAGCCUAAAUCCAAAGAUCCACAAUCACUCUGAAAUUGAUAUUGAGAAAAGAAAGUUCCUUAUAUUGACAUUUUCGUAGUGUUUCGUGAUCAGGUUUUCGAACAGUCUUUUGGAAUUCACAUGGAUACUACGUGCACUACUUUAUUAUCGAACCUUUUUAGUAUAUUAUCACGCGACAAAAAAAAAGCAAAUAUCUCUUGCAGUGAUAUUGAACCUGGUAAUUAGAUAUUGUAGCGGUUUCGUUUCCAUUAACAAUAUUCAUUAUCAUUCAUAUGUUGAUUCAAUAUUCCAGUAAACUCGAAAGAGUAAUCACCUGACCUUCUAUAUCUGUUUUAUACUUAUAUAUUUUGAUGACCAUAUAUGUUAAGGACAAACUAAUAACUCAACUUUGAGAUGACUUCAGCUUCUCAAUCGCUAUAUCUAUAUAGCAAUGUUCCAUUAUCAAUUGCAAAUGGUGUUUAUUUCUCUCAACUGGUUUGCUACUCAAGAACAUGUUCUGCGUGUGAUCAGUUUGGUGUUUUUUUUAAAUCGAGACAGGCUACUGACAAGUAAGUUGAUUUCAUAAGGGUUUCAAUAGUCCUGUUUAAAGGAAGAAUUUCGUAAAUUCCAUUAUCGCUGUAACGAUGUAAUUUGCCAAGAUAGCCUGCCAUUUGGUCAAAUGCUCUUUUACUUGUCUCAUACCGAUUAUUAGGCUGUUCUUCACACACUGAUUUUGACAUCGGACUACUCAGUAUUCCUUAUCAAUAUGUAUGACACACGCUUACUUCUGUUAGGCACCCGAUCCCACCUCUAGUAUGUGCAGGGGUCUGUGUCUCUUAAUUAUGUAUUCUUUAUGGGGAGUAUUAGAUUGAAGACUGUUAUCUUCAUCUUUCAUAUUUUACAAUGAUUGGAAACAUUCAUCUUUAGAUAUUACAUGUAAAGUAACAAAUAAUUUCGCAACUGAUAAACUAUUGCCGCAAUUACAUCUCAAUUACAUCUCAGCUCAUGUUGACAAUAACAUUGGAAACAAAGAAAACAUGGAAAAAUAUUGAAAUCUAAGAAAUUCACUUAUUACACACUUAUCUCAAAUUUUCUCCACUGUAUCUGUUUAUUCAUUUUGUAAACAAUACAGGGAAAUGGAAAUAUUUUACUAUAUCUUCUACUGGUGUAUGCAGAUUGUUUUCGUUAUUCCAUGAUAUCACUAAAACCCAUGUUCCGAUUACCUAAUUUGACGCUGAUUCAUGUAGUUCGCAAAUUAUGUUAAUUUAUUUUAUCACUAGAUUUUAUUUUACCGACCUUUCGAUAUAUAUUCAAUGUAUAUUCGUAGGGAAUUUACAAAUAUAAAUUGGAUCCAUAUGUUUAAGAUACAUAAGACGAACGGUUUUCCAUUUUAUUGUCUGAGAAUUAUUGACACAAAACGCUACCUCUGUAUUGAAUGUUAAUGAGGAAAUGAAAUAACGAACCGUCAUCAAUCUCAUAAACAUUAGGACAAAACAAAAUCCACAAUGAUCAAAUAAUCAAAUCCUAUAUACCAUCAAAGAACGUGUAGUAAAUUUGUCAUCACAAACUUUUCCCAUAUAAACAGUAUCAACCAAUAUACCAUUUUAACACUUUACAAUACCAUUCCUCAUGAUAAAUCAAAGAUUAGACGUAUUUGCGAUACCGCUGUUUGUAUAUGUAAAACCUAUACGGUACCGGUACCAAUUUAGAUGCACCAGAUGUUUGUAUAUGUGUUUUCAAGACUACAAUGUGAACUAUUUCUAAUCCUAAUUGCUUUAUCCUUUAUGAAUAAAAGGCAUUGUAAUGAAUGUUAUUUAUCAUCAUUAUUACAUGUAUUGUAUUAUUAUAUAUAUUAUCAUGGAUGUUGUUACAUUAUUUGGUUAUAUAUUUAAGCUGUUGCAUCAUCUGUUUUGUUUCUGUGUAUCUGUGACGUCACUUGGAAAGCUUCGUGUGUGAUCGGAUGACGUGGCGGGUAGAGCGCGUGAUCGUCGGCAGGAGUAGUGUUGUGUCUGGAGAGGAACAUGGAAGUAGUCUCGCUAAAAGGGAAAUAGAAGUACUUCGUAAUCCGCUGGUCCGUGGAAGUGUCUGGCCCGAUCAUCCAGCUAGGAUCGCGCAUCUGAUCUACAAUCCGUAUGUUUAACGUAUGUGCGAGGAUUCCUGAACUGAUUAAAGAUUACCGUCACGCAAAAACCACCCUUAAGUGAAAAAUAUCACUUUUUCACUUUUUAAAUGUUUUAGAUAGAGGAAUUUCUCCUCUUUCUGUUGAUAUGUAGCAUUCCAUAAUAAUUCAAUGAUAAUGACAUCAAAAAUUCCCAUCAAACUUCGUAAAAAACUUGCAUCGAGUCGUUUGACGUCAUGAUUUUUGGAAAUUUACUUUGUAUUUCGUUACAUUUUGUGACUGUUUUAAACGUAAUCAAAAUGCAUGAGUCGAGAUUUUUUUAUCAUCUGAUAUAUAGGUAUACAUAUAUCAACAUUCACACAACUAUUUAAAUUAUGACAGAUUCAAAAUAGGCUUGUUUUUAGAGUCUUUAUUCUUCCUGGGUGUUGGGUGAAGGGAGUGACUACGUCCUUAUACGUGGCCCUGACAAAAGGGUUAAUAAAUUUGACUCUUGGAGGCUGAAUGAUAUCUGUAUCAACGCAUCCUUUCAGCAGUUUUAGUUCAGUUCUAGGUGAGUCUGGCACUUCUUAAGCUACAACAAUAUCUGUAGAAGAAUGUGAACAAUAUAUCGGAGAAAUAUGAAUCAUUCAUGGGAGUUUUAUUCAGAAAGAGAAAAUUUAGAAAUGUACCAAUACCUUGUUUGGAAAUGAUUAAGGUAUGAAUUUUUUUUGGUGGAGAUGGCGAGUCAGCGAAUUAAAGUCGCCGCACCCCCCCCCCCAUAUCAUCCAAUACAACGUAUCCCCUCUUAAGAUUUGUUUUAACAGUCGAAAAAAAUCGAUAUAUGGUAACAUGAUUUUAAAAAAUGUAAAUCAUUUAUGAGAGUUUAAUUCAGAAAGAGAAAAUUUAGAAAUGUACCAGUACCUUGUUUGGAAAUGAUUUAGGAAUUAUUUUUUUAUGAGAUGGCGAGUCAGCGAAUUAAAGUCCCCCCCCCCCCCCACACACACACACACCACCCAAUACAACGUAUCCCCUCUCACGAUUUGUUUUAACAACUGAAAAAAAUCGAUAUGUGGUAACAUAAUAAACAAGACUUUUUACAAUUCAUUUCUUAUGUGAAAAAUAACCCCACAACGUUUUUUAGCUUAUUUUACCUGGCUUAUCUGCUAGGAAAACAAAUUGUCUGAAUUUUCUAAUACCCUUGAAGGGAAUGAAAUAGUUGAAUGUCAAUGUUUUCCAAUCCAGCCAUUCUCCAUCAGCACCACCGAAUACAACCACUUCGUUAAUAGAUGUCGCGCUUUUUCUGACUGCGGAUGCUAACUGAUCCAAUGAAUCAACCUCUGACCUUCUGUAUAUUUUGAUGUAAACAAACCCGGCGUCCACUAAGCCGUUGCCAUAGUAUCGAACUUGCAUGUGGAAAUGUAUUUGGGAGUUCUCCAAAGUAAGUACACCAACAUGAAUAUAUUUUUGUUUUCUCCUUCAAGGUAAAAUUAGAAUGCUUCUUUAAGAAUUGUAAGACUCAUAAUGCAUGUGCAACUAUACAAUCGUGUUUUAUUUUUUCAAUAUCAUUUUUUAUCAUUUAAUUUGGAUUCUGACCUGAAGUAUUAUCACAGUGUAAGUGGUAUUCUUUUUCACUCAGUCCAAAAUUCUCAAAGCAAUAAUGAAGCAUGGAAAUUACGCCUAUCGCGCCCUUGACGUGUGUUCCGUUUUCCCCCGGUGUCGAAUCCUCAUCUACUAGGAAAUACCUACGUGAAUUACAAAGCCUCUUUUUAAGUAGCUUUUUUUCGUUAGAAAAUGCUAACGUAUUAAUAUUAAAUUGUCUAAAUUUAGAAAAAUAGUACAUAGAAAUAAUAGCCACCCUCCAUAGCAACUCCAAACCACUGAAUCUUUUAGGUGUAAAAGUAGAGAGGUCCAACUUGACAAACAUGAUGCGGUAUGGAUACAGCUUGCGAGUCAUCGAAGGUAUAAUGGACAUGGUUAAGCUCUCUUGAUAUCGGCCAAGCUGACUGUACGGGACUGGUUGCUCAGCUACCUCGGUUCUUGCAUUAGUGAUAGACUGGUUAUAUAACUGUUAUUAAAAUAUCAAUUAAUUUUAAAGGACUUUUGGAUUUCGUUAACGUAAAGUAUAAGUCUUUUAAAAAAAUAAUUCUUAUUAUCGGUAGAUACCACAGUAUUUACAACGGAUAUCAAACACACUUGCUGUAAUACAGUAUCUUAAUGCAUUUUAUAAAAUAGUUUCCCACACUUUAAUGAUUUGGGAAUUUUAUGUAUUGUAAGGUAUCUGUCGUUCUACUUUCAUUUCAUUCAGAUGUGUAUUAUUUUUGUCCAGAGCAGAUAACUUCGUUUUCUGUCAUGGCCACUUGAAUGUGAGAUUUGUGUUGUUCACAGAUAGAACAUACGCCAGUCUUGGGUGACAUGAAUUUUAUAAUUGGACAAAAACUCUGCCAGAUGCCCUUGAACAUCGUUAGCCCUACUGCUGUCUUGUCAUUAUCGAUACAAACACCUUUGUAUAUUCUGUACAGGGACUGUUUGCUUUCACUGCAUGGUAGAAGUAUGUGUCCACGGAUAUUUCUGUUGAUUGCUGCCGGCCGAGACAGACCAUGCUCUUCGUCAAAAUUAGAUAUGAAUUGAGCAACAUUCCUCAAAACAUCAAAACAGUAUGCAUUCUUAGGCCGCCUAUGUUCUUGAAACCAACCCAUUUGUGAUCAGAUGAUGUAUCAGAGAUUUCAAUGUCAUCUCGCCAAUGUUGUGUGUUAUCAAAAAAGUUUGUCGACAAACUUCAACAUCCUUAAAUUCAUAAAUGUACCAAAGACGUUUUCUAUUUGAAUCUCCAUCUUUUGACUGUCUACAUUUAGAUUUUAUUUUUAACUUCGCCAUGAUAUAAAAGUCUUUAAUUUCAUUUCUUGUCAUCUCAGAUAAGGAAAUGGCGUGUUCUCUGAUGUCUGAGAAAGUAAAUGUAGGAAUACAGUUUUUCGCACACUCGCACCUUUUCAAGUAAAGAUCGUAAUUUCAUAUCUUCUGUGCAAGGAUCAUGGGGUAAGUUGGCAGUCCCUUCCCCCUCAUUGUCACUGUCAUCAGACAAAUUGCCGUACAUUUGAUUUUCAACAAACAUGGGUACCCGGGUCUCUAAAUCGGUUGAAAUAUCGUCUGAUGCACUGUCACCACUGUUUUCGAUAACAGAACACGCACAUGCGUUCUGUUUAGUAAGAUUUCUUGUGGGAAAAUAUUCAUUGUUAAUAUUGUCUAAAUCCUAAAAUUUUUACAAAAUAUUUUUUUUAAACGUCAUAAGUGAAAUAGAAUAAUUUGAUCGAUCAUCAGGUUUUUAAAAAUAUUUUCAAUUUUUUAUCAAGCAUUUUUUUCCGAGAGGGGGUGUUAAAAGGUAAAUCUACAGGUAGAAUUAAAGUAAAACUUUUGCGGUUUAAUUUUUCUAAUUUCGGAAAUAAAGUAGUAAUUUGCAAAACAUAUUUUAUAAUUCCAGGUUAGUGUUGCCAAAAUACAACUAUUAGAUUUUACGUGCGAAGAAAAGGUGAGGGACAUAAUUAGUACCAAACGUACCACUAUAUAACUAGGCAAUGGUAAACAUUAUCGGCUAUUUUUAGGAUUCGAUGCUAUUUUGUACAUAUUUACGUUCACAAUCAAGGAAUAGUACAUAUUAUAAAACUUGUAAAAACCACAGAUGGUAAAUCAACAUGUAGCACAACAAUCGGUCGGCUGUUUUAUAUAAAUGCAACUCAUAUUAUAUCGACCUAAUAUUUCAAAUGGUGUGUGUGUGGGGGGGGGGGGGGGGUGGGGUGGGGGGGGGUGGGGGGGGCAGCAGACAUACGUUACUUUUAAAAAAAAAUGUGAUAUAUGUCACACAUAAAUUUAGGAUAUCAGAUGGAAUAUUUCCAUUUCUAUAGACUUUCAUUUUAGAUGUAAUUCCCGAAGAAAGGGAAAUAUCUGUAAACUUAUUUUUAUUUUCGAGGAAAAUCCAGUAUAUACAUAACACUAAUUAAGAUCAAUAAUUAACACUUAAACCGAUAUGAUGUAUAAUAAUUGUAUAUACAUGUAUAACAGAAAAAUGAAACUUGUGUGUUUUAAAGUGCGAACUGACAGUUCCAUGAUUUCUCAAGGAAGCGCCUAACACAUCAGUGGAAAAAAACAACGUUGCAGAAAGUCAUGCCGUCAUAUCGUAAAAACGUGACGUCGACUUUACCGCUUGAUUUCUCGAUAACGUCACAAUGCACUUAAGGGUGGUUUUCGCUUGACGGUAAUCAUUUACGGAUCUUUAUAAACAAGUUGAGUUUAACUUUAGAUCUGUGUUGUGCACUUCUGUAUCAUUGCAUGCUUAUAUAUUGGUGACUAAUUAUGUAGAAUUAAAAUUUGUUAAAGUUUCAAA